UUGGCGGGUUGUUGUUCUUGCCGUAGGACGUUGAAGGACACGACCAGGAGCAGGAGCAGGAGCAGCAUCACCGCCUGCGUCUGGCGCUCGAGUGUUGUCCUAGUCCUAGCCGAAAGCUCUCGGGUGGCGGAGCUCGGCUUCCAAGCUUCGCCCGCUCGGUACGGCUCGUCAGUCGAGUUUCGGCCGUCUAACCCAGCAGAGGUGUGCAGCGGACAGCGAUACAAACACAACCACCGCAGCAGCAGCAGGAGCAGCAGCAGACUAAAUAAUUGCGGCCACAAAGGAACUGAACAGAAGUCCUCGUUGCCUCGUUGACCCCACUGGACGAACCAUCUGCAUUUGCUUUUGCGACAGCCACAACUGCCAUGUGGGACUACUGACCCAGCAGCCGCCGAGCUACAGCCGACUGACAGCAGACCCCUUGCCUGCCCAUUCAUCACACACCGCUCCCGCGACCAGUCCAUGUCCGUUGUCCGUUGUCCGUGGUCCACUCGCAGGACGCGGAUGUGGGGUGGCAGCAUCCCCAGCGACUGAGCAGCGCGAAAGUAGGCAACGAGCAUUGGAAAUCUAAUUAGCGACGUCAGUGUCAGAAUCGCAAAUCCAUUAAUUUCGAGGCGCCAACCACUUCUCGGCAAAAAAGCGUUGCUGCAGCCAAAAAAAAAAAAAAAAAACAGAAAACAGGCAGGAAUAUCGGGAAAAUCGGGAAAAUUUAGCGCAGAAAAAAGGGAAAGCACUUUCGUUUCGGUGUGUCGGUGUGCGAGCGCAUGUGUGUGUGUGUGCUGAUAACGCGAGCCUGGCGCUGACAUCACUUUCACUUGGAAAACCAACUCGGGAAGCUGCCAAUCGAGCCGCACGGCAACAAAAUCAAUUAAACUACCCAUACGACAACCGCCACAACAACGCUGCCAAGAGCCAAUUAUCGGGGAAAAGUACCAAGAGAGGCCACCAGACCAGACCAGACCAGUCCAGACCAGCCAAGAUGUUCUCCAUGUGCACCAAGGUGAAAUCGCGGAGUGCGGAUGCGGAUAGCUCGUUCAUGCAGCAGCCGCAGCAGUUGCAGCUGCAACAGCCUCAGGCGAUGGGAACUGGCGGCAAACAAAUCAAGGGCGGCUAUCUGCUGCGCUAUAAAAAGCAAAUGUUCUGGAACCGCUGGGCGGAGGAGUGGGUGGUGCUGUACGACGACUCGACCAUGGCCUGGUUCACGGAGCCGGGACGCUCCUCGCCGACGGGCAAGAUCCUGGUGAAGGAGGCGCCCGAGAUGCUGGCCAUCGCCCACUGGACCGGCCAGAUUCCGCGUCGUCCGCCGCUGCCGGCGGGCGUGAACGUGUCCCAGUUGAUUGCCCUCGGGUCGCAGCGCAAGCGGUCGAAGGUCUACUGGAUGCUGGCCAAGUCCGAGCAGGAGGUGAGCGACUGGAUCGAUGCCAUUACCAAGACCCUGCCGCCGCCGCCGCAAAUCGAGCUGGUGGUGGACAAGCCGCACCUGAUGAACGUGCUCCGACGUCCGCUGGUGCGCAUUAGACCUGCCACCCAGUCGGAGGUGAAGCAGCGCAAGGCGGCGUCCCACGGAGCCAGCGGCAGUAAACACCACCGCUGCUCCUCGGCGAUGACCACGAAGCUGUACAGGCAGACCCAGGACCCGCUGGUGAAGAGCGACGCGGCGGUGGCCAUUCUCAGCAAGAAGCCGGACUCGAAGGCCUCGCUGGCCUGCGCCCUGCCCUGGGGCCACGGCUGGGGAUGGGCCACGCUGCCCAACGGGGUGUGGAGUGGCGGACUGACCUGGUCGCAGUGCGAGGACACCUUCACCCUGCACGCCCUGCCCACCACCCACUGCACCAACCUCAUCGACACCUCCUGCAGCGGGGCCGUGUACCACACGGAUAUCGGCGGCUUCGACUUCCACUCCUCGGGCGUGGACGACAUCGGGGGCGAGGACUUCGACUACGCCAUGGACUGCGGCGACUUCAUAUUCUAAGCUCUGAACGCUGA